AUGUCCCCCAUAAACCUGACCAUGGGGAUCAUGUUUCUGUCACAGACGGCACUGGGAAUACUAGGGAACUGCGCCUGCCUUGGCUACUUCAUUCUCACUGACUUUUCGGGGAGACGGGGGAAGCCCACAGAUCUGAUUGUCAAGCACCUGACCUGGGCCAACUUCAUGGUUCUUCUCUUUAAAGGAAUCCCCCAGACAAUGGCUGCCUUUGGUAUGAGUUAUUUUCUAGAUGAUAUUCUGUGUAAACUCAUCUUUUAUUUCCACAGAGUGGCCAGAGGAGUAUCCCUUGGUUCCACAUCACUCUUGAGUGUCUUUCAGGUCAUCACAAUCAGCCCCAGCAACUCCAAGUGGGGACAGCUCAAGUUCAGAGCUCCCAAGAUCAUUGAUUCCUCCUUGGGUCUGUGCUGGACCCUGCAACUGCUAAUAAAUGCCAGUAUUCCUGUGAUUGUGACAGACAUCUUGGGGACAAAAAAUAGCACAGGAUUUAGAGAUGUUGUAUACUGUGCUAUUGCAGAUAUCCAUAGUCUAACAAGGAUAUUCAAUGCAAUCCUAUUUGCCUCCAUUGAUGUUGUGUGUUUGGGAAUCAUGAUGUGGGCCAGUGGCUCCAUGGUCCUUAUGCUCACAAAGCACAAGCAGAGGGUUCAACACAUUCACAGCUCCCUGGCUCCUCGGUCAUCACCUGAGGCCAGGGCCACCCAGAGUAUCCUUGCCCUGGUGAGCAGCUUUGUGUUCUUAUAUAUGAUCUCUGCCAUCUUAGUUUUAUGUUACCCUUUCUUUGGUGUAACAACUAGGUGGCUGGUCAAUGCCAGUGUUGCAAUGUCUGCAUGCUUCCCAGCCUUCUGCCCCUUCCUGCUCCUCAGCAGUACACCAAGGUUUCUAACUUCUGCUGACAGGAAGACAGCCUUCACGCUGGUGUGUCUCCCAGACCAGCAGGACUGUGAAGAGCGCCUGAGUGCUCUUGUAUGGAACGUGGUCAUGGAGAACCCACACUUCAGAGGCAGAAGUGAGUCCUUGGUGGAGAGGUCACUUCAGAUGUCGACAGGCCAACAGAACAGAAGUGAAUCCGAUGGGGACUCUGAAGAGCUGAACCUGCUGUAA